CCUCCCGUUUUUAGAGUGCAACACCCGAAAACCCUAACUCUACAACACUCUUUCAGCCGCCACCUUAAUCCCCGGCAUCCCAGCCGCCGCCGGCCUGCUGCUGUGAACAACCGCUGCCGCCACCUCCGUUCCUUGCUGCACCUAACCGCCGACCAUCGCGGCUACCUUCCCUUCCGGAGAGAAUGAGUGGCCACCGUGAGUGCGUCCGCUGCCACCAUUCCUCCAUCUUCUUCUUCUUUCUGUCGCCAUCUGCAACCGCGACACGGCAGUUGUCGGUGCUGCUCCGACUGCCCCUCACCUUCUUUCUGUCCUGCAGAAGCUAGCUGCCGCCGCCUCCGCUCGUACGGCCCUCCCAUCCACUAUCCGCUGCUCCGGUCGUCGUACCACCCCCGAAGAGGAAGAAACCAAAAGUUAUGUAUCUAGCUUUAUCGUAGCUUUCAUGUCAUAACACACUUCUAUCUGCAUCUGUCUAUGAGUCAGUUCAAAAGGAUUUGGAUUACGCACAACACAAACACUCCAGUCUCCAUUAUGUGUAAUAGUUUGUGCAACAACGAUUGCGGCUUUUGCGAUAAUGACAAGACAGAAUUGACCUGGCUUAAUAACUAUGGAGUUGGAAAUGAAUUGGGAGUUGAAAAUAGUUUAUUUCAGGAAACAAAUUGGUGUGCUUUAGAACACCAACUAUACAGACAAGGUUCACAAAUCGAUCCCUAUAAUCAAACACACCUUCAAUCUUACAAGUUGAUCAAGAUGCCUCAAGUGAAGAUUAUAGCUAAGAAUUUCAUGGACAUGGUGUCCUCCUUACCUGCCAUGAAGCUCGACAAGCUAUACGAGAAUGCCUUCAUUUGUGAAGCUAUUCUCAGGUCUUUGCCACCAUUGGCCAAAAAGUAUGUUCUCCAGUUGUUGUACAUAGAUGUGCCUGUGUCAGCCAGUUCAUUGCAAGAAUGGGUUCUUGUUGAUGGUGCUUCAAAGCAUAGAGUUGCUGUUGAUAGACUCAUUCAAUUGAGAGUAUUUACUGAACCUGUUGAUAGGAAGAAGGAAGCCACUUACAGGUUAAACCUGAUGUUUCAGAUGAACCUUCGGAAGCAUGUUGUUCAUGGUGGUGUGUUACCAAGAGAACCUAUGGCUGCAAAUAUAACAGUAAGAUUCCCAAGCUUAGAGGAGUUAGACAACUAUGCUGCUCAACAAUGGGAGUGUUUCUUGCUGCAUCUCAUAAACUCUGCUGAAGUUGAGGUUACAACAAAGAGCAUCAGUCCUUCCAUGAUGAAAGUCUCCCAACGAGGCCUUUUAAGUCAAAGGGACAAUGAAGGUUCUCGGCUCACAGAAAGUGGUUUUCAUUUCCUGCUAAUGGAUACCAAUGCACAACUCUGGUAUAAUGACAGAGGAGUGGACUCUGCAGAUCUGAUCUCAUUUCUGCUGGAACUUAGCUUUCAUGUUACUGGCGAGACUUGGGACUCAUCAAACUCCAGAACUGCCCUUAUUUCAAUUAUUCUUUUAGCAGUUCAAGUACAAUACUUAAUCCCUAACCAGUUUGUAAGAUUCCAAAUAUACCAGGCAGGGGAGCUUUACAAACAUAAAUCAUGGCUUUUAAGGGCUUUACAUCUUAUAGUUGGUGGAAGGUUUUGAUGGGGAGGCUUUUGGAAGGUAUUUAAUGAAUAUUUUAAUUACAGGCUUGGGGGAAGAAUGAAUAUACAGAUGUCGAGCUUGAUAGGGUGCGUGAAAAAUGGGAAACGUAUGUCAUAAACUUAAUUUACGAGUGAUGUAUUUGACAAUUACUUUUUGAUGAAUUUGGAACGUAUUUUUGAAUUUGACACUAUAGUUUGUGUAAUUUGGACAAUAAAUUUGUA